GUUUUUGUCAAGAAACGAAUAAAAAUACCCUCACCACCUAACGAGCACAAAAUUUGAAUUCCUGCAACCACAAACAACAUUACAAAAAAGAAGAAGAAGAAGAAAACCUUAAAGCAGCAACAACAACGACACUACCCACAACAACAACCUCAUCAAACCUAGUAAUAAGUUCUGUUCUGCUGUUUUUCCUUCUUUUUUUUUUCUAUAAAAAAACAGCUUUUUUCCCUCUUUCCUUGUUGUCUCAAGAUUAAGGUUUCUUUUUUGGGUCUUUAGCUUCGAAGUGGACAAGGUGGCGUUUGUUGGAGACAAAGAUUUCGAGUUUCUGGUUACCAAUUGGUUUUGACAUUGGAAGAAAAAUUGGCGAUAAAAAUGAUGUUAUCAGCAUCACCAGCUGCGGUGACAAGGAGCUCUCUGGAGGAGAUGCUAGAUUCGCUGCGGCGACGAGAUGAGGCUUUGGAGAAUUCAAAGGACCUGCCGCCCGCUUUGCCAGCACGGCCUGCUUCUAGGGCACGGCUUCCAUCGGCACGCCACUCACUGCCUACAGACUUUAAAGUUGGUUCCAAUGGACAAGUGGAGAGCAAAGUGGAGACAAGAGUUACUAAAGUGAAGGAGUAUAAUAAAAGAAAGGAGAAGGAGUUAGGGUACAAAUCAGGGAGUUUUGGAAGCAAGAAAAUGAGGAAAGAUCAAAAUUGUGUGGAUUCUAAUCCGUAUGUAGAAGAGAAUAAUGAGAAAGCGAAGGGACCAGUCACGGGUUCAGUGCCAAAGGGGAAAGAGCCAGAGUGGGAUGAUAACAUUGGUUAUUUUAUCAAGAAGAGGCUACGUGUCUGGUGUCGGCUCCCAAAUGGGCAGUGGGGGAUAGGAAAGAUACAGUCAAAUUCAGGGGAUGAAGCAACUGUUUCACUUUCAUCAGGAACUGUUAUCAAAGUGUCUACAGAAGAGCUCAUACCUGCAAAUCCUGAUGUCCUUGAGGGUGUAGAUGAUCUCAUACAGCUUAGUUAUUUAAAUGAACCUUCUGUGCUUCAUAAUGUUAAGCACAGAUAUGCUCAGGAUCUGAUUUAUAGUAAAGCAGGGCCAGUUUUGAUUGCUGUCAAUCCUUUUAAAGACAUUCCAAUUUAUGGAAAUGAAACCCUCACUUCUUACAAGCAGAAUGCUAAGGACAGCCCUCAUGUUUAUGCUAUAGCAGAUGCUGCUUAUAAUGAGAUGAUGAGAGAUGAAAAGAACCAAUCCAUAAUCAUAAGUGGUGAAAGUGGAGCUGGGAAAACUGAGACAGCAAAGUAUGCUAUGCAGUACUUGGCAGCUCUUGGUUGUGGCAAUGAUGGUAUGGAGUAUGAAAUCCUUCAGACCAAUUGUAUACUUGAAGCAUUUGGGAAUGCAAAAACAUCCAGGAAUGACAACUCUAGUAGAUUUGGAAAGUUGAUUGAAAUUCAUUUUACCGCAUCAGGAAAGAUUCGUGGUGCUAAAAUCCAAACUUUCCUACUCGAAAAGUCAAGAGUAGUUCAGCUUGCCAAUGGUGAAAGAUCAUACCAUAUCUUCUAUCAACUUUGUGCUGGUGCUCCAUCGACUCUUAGAGAUAGACUUAACCUUAAAAUGGCCAGUGAGUACAAGUAUCUUAACCAGAGUGAGUGCUUGGUAAUCGACGGUGUUGAUGAUGGCAUGAAGUUUCAUAAGCUUGUGGAAGCCCUGGACACUGUUCAAAUUCACAAAGAAGAUCAAGAGCAGGCAUUUGCAAUGCUUGCUGCAGUAUUAUGGCUUGGAAACAUUUCAUUUCAAGUAAUUGACAACGAAAAUCAUGUGGAGGCAUUGGCCGAUGAAGCUUUUAACAGUGCUGCCAGGCUAUUAAAUUGCAGUGCCCAGGAUCUGAUGUUGGCUCUAUCAAGCCAUAAAAUCCAAGCUGGAAAGGAUAGCAUUGCUAAAAAAUUGACAAUGCAGCAGGCUAUUGAUAGAAGAGAUGCAUUGUCAAAGUUUAUCUAUGCAGACCUGUUUGAGUGGCUUGUGGUACAAAUAAACAAGUCAUUUGAAGUGGGUGAACUGAUGAUUACUGGGAGAUCCAUAAGUAUCCUUGAUAUUUAUGGAUUUGAGUCAUUUAAGAAUAAUAGCUUUGAGCAAUUUUGCAUAAAUUAUGCAAAUGAGAGGCUGCAGCAACAUUUCAACCGGCAUCUAUUUAAACUUGAGCAGCAGGAGUAUGAAGAGGAUGGGAUUGAUUGGACUAAAGUUGAUUUUGAGGAUAACCAAGAGUGCUUAAAUCUCUUUGAGAAGAAACCUUUGGGGCUAUUGUCGUUAUUGGAUGAGGAAUCAAAUUUCCCCAAUGCCACUGAUUUAACCUUUGCCAAUAAGCUCAAGCAAUAUUUGAAUGGUAAUCCUUGCUUUAAAGGUGAAAGAGGCAGGGCUUUUGGUGUUUGUCAUUACGCUGGAGAGGUUGUGUAUGAUACAAAUGGCUUUCUGGAAAAGAACCGAGAUCCAAUGCACUCUGAUUUCAUCCAAUUGCUAUCAUCAUGUGGUUGUCAAUUACUGAAAUUAGCAAGUCCAUCCAGCCAAUUUGGUGGGUCGGAAUCCUCGAUGCAAAGUGUUGGCACAAAGUUCAAGAGUCAACUCUUCAAACUAAUGCACCAGUUGGAGAAAACUACACCUCACUUCAUUCGCUGCAUAAAACCAAAUGCUAAGCAGCUUCCUGGCCAGUAUGAAGAUGAUCUUGUCUCAAAGCAACUCCGAUGUUGUGGAGUUUUGGAGGUUGUGAGGAUCUCAAGAUCUGGAUAUCCUACUCGAAUGACUCAUCAAGAAUUUGCAGGAAGGUAUGGUUUCCUGCUCCCGGAGACAAAUGUAUCUCAGGAUCCAUUAAGCUUGUCAGUUGCUGUUCUCAAAAAUUUUAAUGUCCUCCCUGAAAUGUAUCAAGUUGGUUACACCAAAGUGUAUCUUCGGAUGGGCCAGAUUGGAACAUUAGAAGAGCAGAGAAAACAGUUUCUGCAAGGUAUUGUUGGGGUUCAAAAAUACUUCCGUGGUGGCCAGGCCCGUCACAAUUUCCAUGAACUCAAACAAGGAGUGAUGAUAUUACAAUCAUUUGUCCGUGGUGAAAACUUAAGAAGGAAAUUCAAUCACAUUAAAAAGAAGUGCACAGCUAGGGCUCCCAUAGCAAUGGACGAGCAGCUAGUGGCAGCUGUAUAUUUACAAUCUGUAAUCCGGGGGUGGUUGGCUCGAAAGCACUUCAACAAUAUGCAUAAAAUGAAGUGGUUAAUCCAUGAGAAUUCAAAUUCUAAAAGAAAGCCAGGCAAGAAGAUUUCAGAAGUGAAGGUCAUACCACAAGAGCAGAUUGACAUUCAGACUUCAAUUUUGGCAGAGCUCCAAAAAAGGGUUGUUAAAGCAGAAGCAACAAUUGGGCAAAAGGAGGAGGAAAAUGCUGCACUGCAAGAGCAAUUACAACAGUAUGAGAAAAGGUGGUCAGAUUAUGAGGCAAAAAUGAAAGCAAUGGAAGAGAUGUGGCAGAUGCAGAUGUUAUCAUUGCAAACAAGUCUUGCCGCUGCCAGAAAGAGUCUUGCUGCUGAUAACACUGCAGCCCAACCUGGAAAACUUGAUUCUUCUACAUCACCUCGCGAUUAUGAUUCUGAAGAUAAUGUUUCAAUGGAAUCACGAACUCCUGGUGGGAACACACCCAACAUAUUUGCUAAUGCCUUCCCUGAUUUAAGAGCAGGGAGGGAGAAUAAUGGCUCUGUAAAUGUAGUCAACACUCUCGCAAAGGAAUUUGAGCUGCAGAAACAAAAUUUCGAUGAUGAUGCCAAAGCAUUAGUUGAGGUCAGGGCAGGACAAUCAGCUUCCAACAUGAAUCCUGAUGAAGAGCUUCGAAGAUUGAAACUAAAGUUUGAGACUUGGAAGAAAGACUAUAAGGUUAGAUUACGGGAGACAAAGGCAAGGCUUCACAAACUUGGGCAUGGAGAAGUUGAUAGAAAUCGCCGAAAAUGGUGGAGAAGAUAGGCAGGCAUGAGAGGAUCAAAAUGAUCCAGCUUAUGAUAUGAUCAUAUUUGGUGUGACAUGGAGAAAGUUGAAGAGUACUCAAAGCAGCAAUCGAGGAGCGACAAUGCUUAUAGGAAGCUGCUUCCUUUCCGAUUCUGGAUGUGUUGCUUUUAUUCUUGUUAUGGCAACUGCAAUUGGUAUGUAUAUUUCAUGAGGGUAGUGUAGAGAAAUUGUACGCGUCUACCAAUUUUUGUUGCUUGGUGGAAGGAUUGACGGCCAUGUGAAUAGCCAGAUAGGUUUGUUCCUGUCCCAGUUUUUUUUUUUUUUAGUGGAAGUCAGUUGUAUAUUUUGUUAGCGUAGAUGCAAGGACGAACUUGGUAGUCCCAAUUGUGAAAUUGCUGUAUUGCUUGUUAUGUUGUUCUAUCAUAACAAGUAUAUUGUAAGUAAUUUGUUUCCCCCCCUGAA